AUGGGCUUGUCUGAUUGUUCUCCUAUGGAUAGCUCUAUUGUCUGCCUUGUAUCCGAAGAAAGCAAGUCUAGUUUGAAUCUGAAGGCAACCGAGCUUAGUCUUGGGCUUCCUAGAUCCCAGUUGCUCGAAAUAAAUCAGGAUCUUUGCUUGCUAAACACAGCUCAACUCGAUGAUAAACCCCUUUUCCCUUUGCAUCCUUCAAGUGAUGGUCACUGCACUGCACUGCAUAAGACUGUUGUUUCAGGCAACAAAAGAGGGUUCUCCGAUGCAAUGGAUGAGUUCUCUGAAGGGGAAUUUCCUUCAAAUUCAAAAGUAAGCGUGAUGCCAUCAUCCAGGCCUUCUUCAAACUUGGGACUGAUAUCAGGUUAUGUGCUUGAGAACCUUGGGUCUCAACCAACAAAAGCCAAAGAGAUCACGAACCGGAAUGUGGUACAGGAUAGACCCCGUGCUACUAAGAAUACCAUGUCUGCUCCUAAAGCAACUUCAAACAGUAACAGUGAAGCACCAGUUAGCAAGUACGCGUGCUUGGCUUUUUGUUAUAAAUUUGUGUUAAAAGUGCUUGCGGAUCUAUCACUCGAAGUCUUUUCCUAA